AUGGCCGUUAUAUCGACCCUGAAGUUGCCUGGCCAAGGGCUCGGUGACCCAGUGCUGCUGGAAAAGAUCGACCGGCUCCUUGCUUGUAACCUUGCUGGAUAUGUCAACUUGCCGCAGCUUGUUGUUGUGGGAGACCAAUCUAGUGGGAAAAGUUCUGUUCUCGAGGGUCUCACCAAGUUGCCUUUCCCCAGAGACAGUGGGCUGUGCACACGAUUUGCUACUCAUAUCAUCUUUCGGCGUACCAAGGCUGACACAAAGAGAAGUAUCAGUGCCUCUAUUAUUCCAGCAUUUGGCAAGCCCGCGGAGCAUGCUUCUCGUCUGGCAGCAUGGAAAGCAACCCAUAUGGAGUCUCUCGAUUCCGAAUCCUUCGCUCGAACAAUGCGUGAAGUUCACGAGACCAUGGGUCUGUCCCGCUCCAGGGAGGAGAUUCUCAAGCCUACUUUCACCCAAGACGUCUUCCGGCUAGACAUUUGUGGCCCCGAAGAAGAUAAUUUGAACAUAAUUGAUGUCCCGGGCAUCUUUAAGAACACCACAGAUGGUCUCACUACCAAGCAAGAUAUGAAAAUGGUGAAGGACAUGGUCCUCAGCUACAUGCGCAACCCUCGUUCUAUCAUGCUGACCGUGAUCCCCGCAAAUGUGGACAUAGCCACACAAGAGAUUUUGGAGAUGGCGCGUGAGUGCGAUACCGAGGGAAGUCGCACACAGGGGGUGUUUACCAAACCCGAUUUGGUAGACAAGGGUGCCGAGGACAAGGUCAUCGACUUGGUGGAAGGCAAAACCUCUUCCUUGAAGCUUGGCUGGAUUGUUGUUCGUAAUGCCGGUCAACAGCAGCUACUUGACCAGGACUCCAACCGAGAUGUGGUCGAGAGCCAGUUCUUCCGUGAAGCUCACCCGUGGAACAACCUUCCGAAAGAAAAAGUUGGCAUUGCUUCCCUCAAGAUCCGCCUGCAAGAAAUGCGCGCCGAGGUUGGCCGAAAGUUGAAGGCAAUGAAGCAGGAUCUUUCUGCUCUUGGUAUCGAGCGAAGUACCCCAGAGCAGCAGAGAAACUUUCUACUCGACAUUAUAGUGAAGUUUCAAAACAUUGUCUCGCAGGCUAUGGCAACUUCCUAUGGCACACAUGAACUGUUUGAGAAGGCCGAAGAUACUCGACUUGCAACAAUAGUCCGAAACCGCAUGGAUGUUUUCAAGUCCGACGUGGAAGAAUAUGGAUUCGAGUGUCAAUUCCUCAAUUGGACACCAGCAACACAGCACCCCAGUCCCGCAGGAGUUGGACCUGAACCUGAACCUGAACCUGAAUCUGAUAGCGGUGAUAGCGAUGACGACGAUAAUGACGAUGAGGAGGCGGAUGGAAUCGCUGUUCGUAAGAACAUGAAUGCGUCAGAGCACAGUGGUGCCAUUGAUGGUAUUCUCCACGAACAAGUCAACAUAAGGAAGCCAAGAGGUGAUAGCAUCCUCGCAUGGAUCGAGGACCAAUAUCGUGCUUCCCGCGGAUUCGAGUUGGGAACAUUCCAGACAUCUCUACUGUGCACCAUAAUGAACAAGCAAUCAGGCAAAUGGACGGAACUUGCACUCGGAUAUGUCAGCGAUGUGGUUGAUAUCAUGCAUACAUUCAUCCUCAAAGUCCUCCUAUCCAUCUGCCCGGACGAGCAAAUCCGCGACAAGUUAGUGAAUGUUCUCGUCGAUGAACUGUCCAAGAGAUACAGGGAAGCGAAGGACCAGGCCCAGAUGAUUCUCGAGGUCGAGCGCAUGAACCUGAUGACUUUGGACAACAGAUUUCAACAAACUCUCGACAUAGCUCAAAAGAAAAGCCACCAGGAGCAGUAUGAGAUUGUAAAGGGUAAGAAGAAAGGCCCGAUGAGCAACACCCAACGAACCGUUCGUUACAUCCAUGAUAUUCUGGCGGCCUAUUACGCAGUGGCAUCCAAGCGGUUCAUCGACAACAUCUGCCUGCAAGCUACCGGGUACUGCCUGCUUACCGGACCAAGCAAGCCGCUUGGACUCUUCUCGCCCCAGUUUGUUGCGGAUCUGGCGGAAGACCAGCUCAUGGAGAUUGCGGGGAGAAUGCAACGCUGA